AUGUCAUCUGAACAAAUAUCUAGUACUGCAUCUACACAAUCUGUUAGAGCUAAGUCAGAUCCUACAUGGGAGCAUUGUACUGCAAUACCAAAUGAAAAAGGUGGCAAGCCUCGCUUAAGAUGCCUAUAUUGUGGAAAGGAAUUUGGUGGUGGUGGAAUACACAGAAUGAAACAACACCUUGCUGGAAAAAAAGGAGAUGCAACUAGUUGUAAAAGUGUACCACAUGAUGUUCGCUAUCGAUUGGAGGAAAACUUGAAAGAAAUUGAUCAAAAGAGACCAGCUAAGAAAUUGAGAAAAGAAGAGGACAAUCCAUUGGAAGUGGAUGAUGGAAUUGUGCAAGAAAUAAUUCCUUUAAGUUCCUCUCAACUAGCCAAAAGAAAGGCAUCUACAGCUGGAGACAAAUUCUUUGCCCCAAGGACAAGCUCGGGAGCACAGCCAGGAAUUCAAAGUGCAUUUGCAGGUAAAGAAGCUUUGCAUAGAGCGGAUUUAGCUGUGGUUAGGUGGUUGUAUGAUUGUUGCAUUCCUAUGAAUGCUGUAAAUUCUGUUUACUAUCAGCCCAUGAUAGAUGCUAUUUCAACUAUUGGCCCUGGUUAUAAAGGACCAACUUACCAUGCUGUGAGAACCAAAUUAUUACAAGACAUGAAAAAGGAGGAUGCUCAAAAUCUUUGCAACUUAUUCAUGGAUAUGGUUGCUUUUGCUGGUGCGGACAAUAUUGUCCACUUGGUAACUGAUAAUGCAGCUAAUUAUAAAGCUGCUGGAAGGUUGUUAAAUGAUAAGUUUCCUUCUAUUUUCUGGUCUCCUUGUGCUGCCCAUUGCUUAAAUUUGAUUUUAUUAGAUAUUGGCAAAAUGGAGAUUGUUAGUAGCUUAGCAACACGUGCAUCCAUGGUUUCGAAAUUCAUUUACAACCAUGUCUUUUUGCUAGCUUGGUUAAGAAAAAGAGAAGGUUGGACAGAAAUCAUCUGGCCUGGUGCAACACGGUUUGCCACUACUUUCAUUGCCUUGAAAAGUAUCUAUGAGCACAAGCAUGAUAUUCAAGCUUUGAUAACAAGCAAGACAUUUAUAGAAUCUAGAUAUUACAAGGAUUCAAAGGCAAAGGAUGUGACAAUGAUUGUAUUGGACAAUCAGUUUUGGAAUACUUGUAAAAUUGUUGUUGAAAUUGUAAAACCACUUGUGAGAUUGUUGAGAAUUGUUGAUUCUGAUGACCGGCCUUCACUUGGCUAUGUUUAUGACGGCAUGUACAGAGCAAAAAGAGCUAUAAAGAAUACUUUUAGGCACAAAAAAUCCUUGUACAAGCCUUACACAAGUAUUAUUAAGAGAAGGUGGGAUUCUCAACUUCGACAAAAUCUUCAUGCAGCAGCAUAUCUCUUUAAUCCUGCUUUCCUUUAUGAUAAGGAAAAUUUUUCUAGAAAGCUAGAGUGGAAGCAUUUUGGGAGCAGCUGUCCAAAUGUUAAAGACUUGACUGUUAAGAUAUUAGGCCAAACUGCAUCUUCCUCGGGCUGUGAAAGGAACUGGAGUAUCUUUGAAAGAAUACACUCCAAGAAAAGGAAUAAGUUGGAGCAUGAAAGAUUGAAUGAUCUUGUCUAUAUUCAUUACAAUUUUCGAUUAAGGAAUAGAGUUGCUAACAAGAAGAAAACUUUGGACCCUGUUGAUUAUGAAAGUAUUGAUCAAAUUGAUUAUUGGAUAAUGGAAGAAGAUGAUUGUUCUUUGCUCAAUAUUGAUAAUAUAGAACAAGAUCUCAUUUAUGAUGACACUGUGCUACCAAAAGCUAUCAUUCAUCAAGAGGAUGAGGAAGAUAAUGAGCAAAGAGGCAACGUGACACAUGGUGAAGCUAUUGGUGGACUUGAUUUACAAUUAUUUUCUCAAGAGGAUGUUGAUAGCUUUAGUGAAGAUGUUGAUGCCUUUGAGCCUGCACAUGCUUGGAUUAACCAAGAUCCCCCAAUAUUUGAUAAGCCAUGA